AGUACUUAGUACCAAACAUUGAUACCGUGGUGCUGUUGUUGCAAUGCAAAAGGUUUGCAUGUCGGGCGGGUCGAUUAGAUGAUGUAGAAAUCGAAACUACAAUCAUUUUUGGCAUUCGUACCUGUGAAAUACGUUACACGAUAAAAGGUGUUAAGAAAGUAGCACAAUGAUGUCUGACAGAAAAGCAGAACUUGAAAGAAAAAAAGCCAAACUUCAGGCUAUUAGAGAAGAAAAGGAAAGACGUAGAAGAGAAAAAGAACAGAAAGAUGUUGAGGAAGCUACAGUUCGUGCUGCAGGAACGGAUAAAGACCAUCGGAAAGAACUAGAUGCUAUGCUUUCAUCCUUGGGUGUAGCACCAGUGUCAGAUGUCUUAUCCAGUUUAUCUAGUAUGAACUCUUUGACUCCGGAACAAAGCACUAAUGCUACUCCUGAUGCUAGUUUACAGCCAUCCAGUAUAAAUUCUGCUCAAAGCAGCAGUGCCAGGAAGAAGAAUCGGGAACUAACGAUUGUCUCUGUAGCACAUACCAAUAUUCCUCCGAAAGAACCAGUUGUUUAUACCAAACAAACACAAACUAUUCAAACAUCGCACACAUCUCACGACGGACUGUCCGCAUCUUCUUCUGCAUACACCAUCUACUCCUCCUGUUCAACAACAACACCAACUCACUCUUACUCCGCAGGCUACUUUGAGACUGACUGGUGGCGUCCCAGGAAAGGUGGGUCUGCACCAAACUACCUAUCUCAUGCAUUCGACUAUUACGACGAGUACAAUCUAAAUCCUGGUUUAGAAUGGGAGGACGAAUUUACAGUUUUGACAUUUGAUGAUGGCCAAGCCGAAGACGAAGAGAACAGUUUGCCGCAUAUGGAUGGUUUCCAAAGCAAGCUUCCUCCUGGAAUUCUUCCCCAUGGUUUGCCACAGGUUAAGGAAGUGCAGCCAGCGGUUACGCAAGUGGAGCAAGAAAAGGAAAAGGAAAAACCUAAAGAAGUACAAGAACUCAGCGAAGAAGAGAAACAAAUGAUUAUACUGUCGGAAGAUUUUCAACGAUUCCUUGAUCGUACUAGUAGAAUUGUGGAAAGGGCAUUAGGAGAAUCCGUUAAUAUUUAUAGCGAUUAUACCGGUACCAUGGAUGGUGAAGAUGGAAUGGACGAAAAGAGUCAUCAGCGUUUGUGGUUAAAUCGAUGGUUCUUCUGCGAUCGAUGGUCUCGUAAUCGUUGUGUGACCUCGAUGGAUUGGUCACCUCAGUUUCCAGAACUUCUUGCAGCCUCCUAUAACAAUAACGACGACACUCCAAAUGAUCCCGAUGGAGUGUGUUUGGUUUGGAACACAAAGUUUAAGAAAACAACGCCGGAAUUUAUUUUCCAUUGUCAGUCUCCGGUUAUGUCGACCACGUUUGCAAGAUUUCAUCCUAAUUUAAUCUUGGGAGGUACUUAUUCCGGACAAAUCGUUCUCUGGGACAAUAGAGUACAAAAGAGAACUCCUAUUCAACGUACUCCACUAUCGGCAAGCGCACAUACCCAUCCUGUAUAUUGUCUGAACGUUGUUGGGGCACAAAACGCGCACAAUUUGAUAAGCAUAUCAACCGAUGGCAAACUGUGUUCCUGGAGUUUAGACAUGUUGUCACAACCGCAAGAGACAUUGGAGCUUCAUACUAAACAAUCGAAAGCAAUUGCCGCCACAUGUUUGGCGUUCCCCCAUGGCGAUGUUAAUAAUUUCGUUGUAGGCAGCGAAGAAGGAACUGUAUAUUCCGCUUGUCGUCAUGGUACAAAAGCUGGUGUAUUAGAUUCUUACGAAAGUCAUCAAGGACCAGUUACAGGAAUUAGCACACAUGCUGUACAAGGCGGAAUAGAUUUCUCACAUCUGUUCUUAACAUCGUCCAUCGAUUGGACGAUUAAGCUCUGGAGUCUUAAGGAGAGCAAACCUCUAUAUUCUUUCGAGCACAAUGGUGAUUAUGUUUAUGACGUUGCGUGGUCACCGACCCAUCCAGCUCUCUUUGCCGCGGUAGACGAUUCAGGACGAUUAGAUUUAUGGAAUCUGAAUCAAGAUACUGAAGUACCCACCGCUAGUAUCGUGAUCAAUGGUUCUCCGGCUCUUAACAGAGUUUCGUGGACACCGAGCGGUUUACACGUAACCGUUGGCGAUGAUACUGGAAAGAUUUGGGUGUACGACGUCGCCGAGCAUCUAGCACAUCCAAGAAUCGACGAGUGGAAUAAAUUCUUGUACACUCAGCAAGAGUUGAAACAUAACAAAGCGGACGAAGAACUGCAUAAACUUAAUUUAAGAGAACCUACUUCAUUAACUUCCAUACCUCCGAUGCUAGCGACUUGUCCCCUCAGAUAAUUUUCCCUAGAAAUUAUUGAUAAGAUCGGCUCGAAUACUUUAAAUUUAAAAAUCAAAUGAAUUUAUAAAAUAUCUAUAAUCCUAAAAAAGAACUUAAGAGAAGCAAAAGAAAAGUGUAUUGCACUAAUUAUAAUUUAUAGGUGUAUUCUUAAUUAAGACACCUUUAUUCUGUAUAAAUUAUUCAACGGCAGAACUAACGUAUUAGUACUUCGUUCAUUCGUAAUUGCUGUGUAUCGAAGCGGCUACAGAGCCCACGUGUCCAAUAGAAAUACCUAUCUAUAUGGAGCAACUUUAACUCGCAAUCAGUAGCUUAUUAAGGAUGUGUAGAACAUAUCUGUGCAUGUAAAUAAUAAAACGCUAUUAAGCACGAUUUAAGUCGACGAAUUACAGAAAACGUAACAGAGAACGUAAUUAAGAGGAGACUUGACUCCAUCGGAUAAAUUGUAAUAUGAUAUUUUAUUCUUCUGAGCUUCUUUUUUUUCGAAAUAUACAUGUAUUAUUUUCAGAAUUAAUUUUCAAAAAUUGCAAAUUCUUUUCACGCUAACGAUCUUACCACUAACAUGUGGAAAAUAACACCAAUAUUUAAACAUCUAAAAAAUUCUAAACAUUCAUCUAAUUUAGUACGAUAAUUUUUUAAACGAUUAUAUUAUUAUAUAUAUUCUUAUAAAAAGUUUGACGUAAUAUAAACCUCAUCAUUUUUUUUGUAACGUGUAAUUUAUAGCAUAGCGAGAAUAGUAAAAUUUAUUGAACGAAGAUUAUCGUCGAUUAAAAAUGUAAAUAUAAUAUUAUCCUUGCGUUAUAAUAAACUGCUGGGCUUUAUCUAAAA